AUGACUGGCACUCACGGCACCGCGGAGCUCGAAAAAGCGCGAAACGAGUUUCUUUCGAGCCUCGACUUGGCCGUCGCCAAAGGCGCGCGCCGCUGGCUCGAAUCUGGUUACCAAAUUGCCGUGUCGAAUAUAUGUGCGCUUUUGGACUACGGCCUGGCUACAAACGUCCUGAUGAGGGCACUCCUCCCCCCCAUGCCGAAAAUCGACGUCGCGGACGAGCCAGCUUCGACCGAGCCCCAAACGGAUUCGUCUGAACAGCAGAAAUCGGCGAAUGCCGACGUGGUGGACCUGGCCAAAUGUUUUAAGGAGGUUCUCCAGUUUGUGGAAAGGACCGACGAAGUUGUUUUUUCACGCCUGGGAGAUUUGAACAUACUCUCUUACCUCAACGUUAAGCUCAUGUUUUUGCACCAAAUGGCCAUUUUGAAAGGUCCCGGUGGCUCCAAGCCCAAAAUCUCGGCAAUGUCAUACCUGGAGGCCUCUUUCCCUUGGCAUUUGCUCACUUUGUGCUUGAAUUCUUUUGCUCUCGGGUCUGAAAACCCCGAAAAGUAUGAGACGGCCGAGUUCCCUCACACGGCCGAGCGGAGACCGCUCCCUGAGGACUGGGCAAUGCGUGGGCUUGUGUGGGCAGAGACGGCAUUUCCGAUGGACCAUUUCACCGUCAACGAAAACAUGGAGGAAGAUGAGAGGACUUUCGAGACGCCGCCGAUGGGAGAGCAGCGCCGUGAGAGGUGCCUGUGGCUCGCGUACCAGAUUGCUCAAGUUGGAACGUCGGGCGACGACGGCACGGCCGAGGAGAAGGAGGGCCGCUGGAUCACGUACGACGCGGAUGCGAAGAAAUUCCGUCCAGGGGUCAGGCACGUGUCUGAUGUCGAAAUCUGA